UUGAUGGCGGCGGCAGCGGCGCGGGGCAGUAACCUGAGAAAAGCGGGCGGCUUCAUUGGGCUGGUGAAGGACGCCUUCCAGCCCCACCAACACCAGCACCAACAGGCGGGCGUUGUGGACAAGAGAGCUGUGGAGAAAUGCUGGAAAUUAAUGGAUAAGGUGGUCAGACUGUGUCAGAAUCCCAAAGUAGGACUGAAAAACAGCCCUCCGUAUAUUCUUGAUCUCCUGCCUGACACUUAUCAGCAUCUGCGUCUGAUCCUGAAUCGAUAUGAGGGGAAAAUGGAAGCCCUUGGAGAGAAUGAAUACUUCAGGGUCUUCAUGGAAAAUCUCCUUAAGAAGACUAAACAAACCAUUAGCCUUUUCAAGGAAGGGAAAGAGAAAAUGUAUGAGGAAACAUCACAGCCAAGACGACAUUUGACCAAGCUGUCACUCAUAUUCAGUCACAUGUUGGCAGAACUGAAAGCUAUAUUCCAAAAUGGCAUAUUCAUGGGGGAUACUUUCAGGAUCACAAAAGCAGAUGCAGCAGAUUUCUGGAGGAAAGCUUAUGGAGAAAAGACCAUUAUUCACUGGAAGGUUUUUCGACAAGCCUUGCAUGAUGUUCAUCCAAUCACCUCUGGUCUGGAGGCAAUGGCCUUGAAAUCUACCAUUGACCUGACAUGUAAUGACUUCAUCUCUGUUUUUGAAUUUGACAUUUUCACCCGACUUUUUCAGCCAUGGUCAUCAUUGCUCAGGAACUGGAACUCAUUAGCUGUUACUCAUCCAGGUUACAUGGCCUUCUUAACUUAUGAUGAGGUAAAAGCAAGACUCCAGAAGUUCAUCCAUAAACCUGGGAGCUACAUAUUUCGAUUGAGCUGCACCAGGCUUGGCCAGUGGGCAAUUGGCUAUGUCACUGCAGAUGGUAACAUUCUCCAAACUAUCCCUCAUAACAAGCCCCUCUUUCAGGCGCUCAUCGAUGGAUUCCGUGAGGGCUUUUACCUGUUUCCUGAUGGACGUAGUCAGAAUCCAGAUCUGACUGGUUUGUGUGAGCCAACACCACAUGAUCAUAUCAAAGUAACACAGGAGCAAUAUGAACUUUACUGUGAGAUGGGCUCCACAUUUCAGCUGUGCAAGAUCUGUGCAGAAAAUGACAAGGAUGUGAAAAUUGAACCCUGUGGUCACCUAAUGUGCACUUCCUGUCUUACAGCCUGGCAGGAAUCCGAAGGUCAAGGAUGUCCAUUUUGUCGUUGUGAGAUAAAAGGCACUGAACCAAUUGUUGUGGACCCUUUUGACCCGAAAGAUGGGCCAGGUCAAACCCGGCUGGGAAUGGAAACAAUGUUAUCUCCAAAUUUUGAGGAUGAAGACGAUGACCGCAGUGAUGAAUUGUUUAUGAUGAACAAGCUGGCAAAUGCAAAGAUUGAACGACCACCAUCUCCAGUCACUCCAGCUCCGAAUUCUGCACUUCCACCUGUUCCUCCUCGUUUAGACCUGCUGCAGCACCGAUCACCAACUGUGUCCAGUGCACCUAGUCCUUGUGUCUCACCCAAGGCUUCAUCUAGUGGCUCACAUAAGCAGGAUAAGCCUUUACCGGUUCCUCCAUUGCAUCGAGAUCUUCCGCCUCCACCACCUGAGCGACAUCCAUCUGCAAACAUGGAUUCUCGUAUGCAGAGGCGCCCUUUACCAAGCACGCCAAAUGACCUCCCCACAAGAGAUAAGCUACCUCUUGCGCCACCUACCCGACCUGGAGAACCCUGGCACUCACGAUCUCAGGCAACUAAACCAUCUGUCCAGACCCUUAACCUUGGAGACAGGUGGACAGGCCGAGAAUUGUCCAACAGACAUUCUUUGCCUCUACCACUGACAUCUCAGAUGGACACUAGGAUGGAGGCAGUUAGGCAUAGCAGCUCACUUGGGCUUGAUAGUCCUGUGGCUUUCAGUGGUGCAAUGAAUGAUGUUUCGGAGUACGACAACUCCAAAGUGAAACCCUCUGCGUCAGCGAAUGCUAUUUAUUCUCUUGCUACAAGGCCUCUGCCAAAGCCAUCUGCACCAGAGGAACGUUCAGAGAGUAGUGAUGAGGAUAUUGAUUACAUGACUCCAUCUUCAUUGCCUGUACAUGCUCCUCUCUGUGCAACCACCUCCUUAGAUUCCAGACCUCCGCUGCAAGCACAGAGCAGCCACAAUACAGAAACAUUGACUGAAUCUGACCCAUUGAGACUAAUGUGCGAAUCCAUGUUUUCAUCAUCUCAGGCCGCAAAUGUAGAUUUGCCACAAUUUGUGUCAGACAAUGGUGAUUCUGCCAUCAGCGACGGGGCUGAGAGAGAUGAUAGUGAAGAUGAUGAUGCAUAUGAUUUCCCAAAACCACCUGUGCCACUUCCUCCAGCUCGCCGCACUCUCUCUGAUGUCUCAUAUGCCACUUCAGGAUUUGCUAGUGCAUCUGCUGAACAGAAUCUACCUGGCCCCAAUAUACAUACAGGAGAUUCACCUGCACCUGAAAGACCUCCCAAACCAUUACCUCGCAGAAUCAACUCGGAACGUAAAUUCAGUCCUAAUCGAACAAACAGCUGCAAUAUGUUGCUGCAGCAACAGCAGACUCUGUCAGCUGAGAUCAACAGCCUCUUGAGCCAGGGCUAUUCGUAUCAGGAUAUACAAAAGGCAUUGCUUAUUGCACAAAAUAACGUGGAAAUGGCAAAAAGUAUUCUUCGUGAGUUUGUGUCUGUUCAUUCCCCUGCACACAUUGCAACGUAACCACCCCUCAGGACACUGACUUCGGCAAGUCAGCGCUCACGGGUUCUGUCUGAUAUGAGCUUCGGCUUGAGUGACACCGUGCCUCAUGUAACCCUGCCGCCUCAUCAUUUUGAAUAAUCAGGUCUGUGCAAUUACUGAUACACUGAAGGACGGUAGCUCCCUGCCUUUUUCCAUUCCAGCUGUGGGCUUUUUUAAGAAAAUUUAUAUUUGAAGUUAUCACAAGAUAAUUGGCCUUGACAAAGUUGCAUUCUUAAGGGCAGUCAUCACUUAGCAAGAAAUAUUGUAAAUGUAAAGAAAAACUUACCUCAAUUGGUUCAUUCUUUUAAUUAUAAUAAAUAUUUUGAAUAUAAUGUGAAUUCCCUUAAAUUCAAGAAGCAGAUGCACAUCAUGCAUGGAUGUUACUACUUUCCUGCAAACUGUAGCACAAGUCUGAAGUAUGCACUAUACAUGGAAUGUAUGAUAUUCAAAGAUUUAUUAAUUAACUGCAACAAGCCUGUCUCUGAGUGCACGUGUUGUAAAUUAAGUUUGAAGUGCUAUAAUAGUUGGGAUUUUGAGGUCAUGGUCCAGAGUAAAGUGCUUUAAAAAUGGGGCCUUACUUGCUGUUGUUGGUAAAUGCAUGCCACUGAGAUGUGCAAUUACUGUUGUGGAACUAGGUUAGCACUUGUAUCAGCCUGCCAAUCAGAAAAAGGGGUCUAUUUUUGUACAAACAGAUAUCGUUUGCACAAAACAAGAAAUGAUUACCAAGUUGUAUUUAUGUAGUUAUUUGCAUCUAAUAAUUGGAUUCCAAAUUUAUAGCUCUUUUUUUAAAAAAAAAGUAAAACCUUGGCCACUGGUGCAAAAUCUUGCAGGAGUUAAAUCAGUAAAAUGGGUUUCCCUGUACACUUGUAUUCUGUAUUUUCACUUUUUGAAAUACUUCUGCAUAACAUGUGACUUGAAUAUAAAAGUUAAAACAUGGCAAAAGGAUUGCAAUUUACUGCAAUGUGACCACUUGUACACUAGCACUGGACAGAUUUUAAAACAGUUUUUGAUUUAUGCAUUGCCAAUCCCUAUUUAAAUCAUUUCAGGUUUAUAAUGAAAAGAAUCCUUUUUGCUUAAAAUAAGACUGUUUAUAACUUUCGUACUGUGGUGCAUUCAUUGAAAAUCAGGGAUAAAAGAUUGCAGCUUGAUCCACAAAAGGGUAUUCUAAUACAUUAAUAAUUUCUUUAUAACAUUCAACUUAAAUGCAGAAAAUCCCAGAGAUACUUGACAGAUCAGGCCACAUCACUGAAGAGAGCACCAAGUAUUAGAUUGAUGCUCGUUUUGAUGAAACUUCUAAUCUAUAUUUUGCCCAUUUAAAUUUUCUUUUUCUCCACAGAUGUUGCCUGGCAUGAAUAUUGCUAGGAUUUUUUAAAUAUUUGGUUCACGUUUCUAACAUCUGACCUUUUUGAUUUUUGGCACAUAAGCUUUUAACAAAAAAAAACUUGCAAUUCCAAAUGUGUACUUUCCCCCAGUUAAUUUGUUAAAACGUUUUUUCAUUGGAUUGUGAUUCUAACUAAUAUUUUUAAAAUCCAUCACAAGAGUCCUUAAUAUUUCAAUUUAAAAUUGUCUACACCAAGAUUGCAUGGGAGCAGCAAUUGGUUGCAAUUCCCUGGUCCAGGAAAAGGAGCAGGAAAUGUGAUUGGAUCAAGAGCAGUUUUGGUUAAUUUCAUUGGUCUUCUGUGCAAGUUGAACAUUAUUUACUUCAGUGUGCAGUUCAAUAGCUCCUGAUGACUAGAUUCCACUCAAGUGUUAGAGGGUAGUUUUGUUUUGAGCAAUAUAUUCCAUCUAGUGUAGAAGUGUGCUUUUAAUUCAAAACCUAACAAAGUCAAGAUUAAUAACUUAAACUACCACAGCAGUGAAAUAACGACAGCUCUGCUGGUGUACAGCUCAUUUUUCCUCACCCGUGUACUAUUUACAGUUGGAGGUAAUGAUGGAUAUAAUUUUUAAUUCAACUCAACAAAUAAGUAUAGCUUAGUCUGUGUGGAGAACCUUUCAGGAAUAUGUGUGAUGAUGCUACUUUGAAAUUUAUAUUUAGUACAAAAAGGAAAUUGACAAAGGGAAAUUGCAUGACAAGUCAUGAUCUGUUUAAAGUCCUGAAACACACCAGUUUCCUCGCCUUCCAACUUCAGAGCAUAAUCCAAUAAAAACAGAUUUCUCGUGUACAAUUGUUUAAGCAGAUUCAGAGAUCCUGAUGAAAUGUAAAAUAUUAACCUUGUUUGUCAUGCCACACAUGCUGCCGAGCCUAUUAAGAAUUUCAAAAUUCUGUUUUUAAGUUUAAAUUCCCAGAAUCUGCAGUUUUUGAGUUGAUAAAGUUGCCACUACCAUGGGUUGUGUCUAGAAAUCGCAAUAAUUUUCAGUUGCCUUCUUUACUUUCGAACCCUGUCAUCCCCACUUCAAACACCCCACACCACACUCUCCUGCCCCUCCAGCUCUUGCAAGAUCUAUAGACAAAUAUGAUUUUUUACUUCUGUGGGACUCAUCUGGCCAUUCACUUCAUGCAAUAGGAUAGUGCUAUUUAAUACUUCACACAGAAAAUUCCUUACAAUAACUUUUGUUUAUAUUUCAGUGUCCCUAGUAUAUUUAUGGAUUAAGGAUAACGAUAACACAAGGACUAAGUAUUGAAAUAAGAAAAUUCAGGAAGUUCUUUUAACUUCAAAUUUGCAUAGUUACGACCAAUGCCAGGUGGAAAUUCUGAUUUAGGUAUUAACCUCAAAUUGUAUGUUAUUGGUUUGACAUCUGCUUGUUAGACUUGGAUGGCAUCUAACUCGCAAUAAGCAGAUUUCCUCUUUUUUAAAAGUUUAACAACUUUUUCAGUCCAUGCUCGCAAAAACUAAUUAUUUUUCAGUGCCAUUCAUACCAAGUUCACUAUGGGUUUUGCCUCCCAGUCCUUUUUUGGUAUUGCAUUCCACAGGGUGCCUAUAUCUCAUGUUAGUCAAAACCGCUCUUGCAGGUAAACACCAUGUUACAUCCUGUGCUCACAUCAUUUAGUAACUGCCAUAUCAGUCUUGGCAUGCACCAUCUUGUCAAAUCUAUAUUUGACAGAAAGACAGCAAUGGCAUGAUAUUUAUUUGUUAUGUUACACCUGAUACAUUUUUCAUUAAUGCUUGAGGACAAUACCUCAUGUCAUGUUUAUGAAAACCAUUAAAAGUUAUUACAGUACUCAUACAUUAACCUAGUAGUGAGAUAUUCCACUGUAACCUCUCACAAAUCCCAAAUGUCCUACCACUGCCAGUCUUAAAACAGUUAUCACUAUAUCUGGGGUAACUACUAGAAAUGUCCAUACUCCGAAGGUCGCUAACUAUCUAAAACCUUAAGAACCUCUAAAAUUAAAGCUCAUGCAGGCUCUCCAAAAGGUUUAAAAAUGACAAAAUUAGUUAAUAAGAUCCUCUCUCUCCUAGGGUUGGUAAUAUUGGUCUUGUUCUCCCUAUUAGCAUCUCCCCUAUUACUGCUGUUUAAUGGAAAGGUUAAACAUAAAAAUAAACCGUAUACAAUUCUAACUGAAUUCUACAAUCCUGAGUUCUAAUUGAUUAACCCAAUCUUCCACUUGUAAGCUUAAGGACUUUCUUCUGAGACUGACUGACUGUUCCUUCAAUUGAAGUUUCAAUUUGUCUGAUUUGUAGCCAUGAUGUUUUUUGAAACUUGAUUAAAGAAGAAUAUUUAUCUUAAUAAAUACAAUUAUUGUCUGUAGUUGGGAAUGGAAAGUUGGCUAUGAUCUGCUUAUCCAUUUCCAGAACAGUAUGUGUAGCCUAAGUAUCUUGGUUGAUGUCAGGUAGGAUUGAACACUGGAUGAAUGUGUAUGUCUGGCCAAUUUAAUUGAUGAAAUGUAAAGUAUAACAAAAAUGUACUUAUUUUUAUAGCCUAGUCAUCUUGUAAAUUUUAAACCAGUUUUUUUCUUAGAUAGAUAAUUGUUUAGAUUAAGUAAUAAUUUCUUCUUUAAAAUCACUGUAUGUUGAGUGGUUCAUGAAUCUUAAGAUUGCCAGGUAUAUCUUACUGAAGGAGUUGCAUAUUGGGUAUAUUGAGCCACAGUUGGGAGAGUGGGAAAUGGUAGUUGUCAAAAUUGAUGAUUUUGUUACUGAGUAAUCACAAAGCAUGACUUUUAGCUUGUUGUUUACCUUGGUUGCAGCAUUUUGUGUUGGUUAGAUUUGUUUGUUCAUUCAUAUUUAGUGAAUUCCUUUAAUGAUUGGACUUCCAUUCGCCUGAAACAUUGAUAGAAGGAUGUGAGUGUUGCAAUUGUUUGGCUGUAAUUAAAUUUCAUUAAACUAUUAACCAGAGUUGUGCAGUUUUGGCUUGUCAGGUUAUAUGCAACUUGUGAAAUAUAAUAACUUUUCAGGUCAUGGUGCCGAAUAUAGUGCUGUUCAGGAAGAUUUAAAGGGCAGUGAUGUGUGAUCCUUGAUUCACUAUUCCCAGAGGGAGAAAAAGGUUUUUGGUUUGUAUCCUCCUAAUUUGUGAAGAAUUGAUUGUGUGUCUUCAAGCUAUUCUGUUAGAGUUUAUUUGAAGACUUCAGCAGCAAUCUCAGUUUUUAUCGUACUUUUAAUUUAAUAAUAUGUUGUUUAAAAUUCUUAAUAUUCUCCCUUGCAGCUACUGCUUGGAACCAGACCCACAUAUUUCCUUAAAGAACAAUAUAAAUUAUGUGGCACUCUGGUGAUUUUUCUUCCCAAUUCAAAUUUGUCAGGUGUGGCUAUAUAAACUGACCAAAAUAUCAGGCAAAUUAAAUGGAAGCACUCUAACCUUGAUAUCAAAUUGAGUCAGAAAACUGGGCAACUCAAGAUGAAGCAUGUUGCAUCGUUCUACUGACCUAUGUGAUGGGUCCUUCCAUUUGCAGAUUUUAUGUUUGAACUGAAUAGGAACCUGGGUGAGGUAUUAUUUAAAGUUGCUUAUUCUAACUUAGGAAUUUAGCCAAUGGAAAUUGAACAGGAAAUUCAGCUAAGGGGGAGCAGAGUAACCUGAACCAGUGAUUAAACCUAGUGAUUUAUUAGCAGCAAAGGGGUUUAGAAAUAUGUCAUCUUUUACAGCUUGGAGUGCACUAUGUGCUGAUGUUCACUUUGAAUAACUAGUUACUACUUAACUCGAUGAACAUUCAUUAUUGAGAAUUAUGUAUUUUGACAAUUAAUGAGUAAAAAAUGUUUUAAAGGAUUAUAUAAUUGACAAGUUUAACCAGAAGAAAUAUUCAUGGGAAAGCAAAAUGGCUAUCUGUCCAAGCUGUAAGAUAGUAUUACAACAUAAAACUAGUUAUUGAUCACGAGAUUUGAUUUUUUUUAACCCGAUCACUGGAUGUAUACAGUCUGGCUUCACGUAGGCCACAUUAGCUGUAUCAUCCUCUUCAGUCUCGUUCCAUUUACCGAAUCUAAUCUUGGAAGAAUCAUGUCUGGUUACUCAGUUUUUUUGCAGAACCUUUUGGGGGGGAGAAGUACACAAGGUUUUUUUUUCCUGAAGGUGAUGCAUUGUUCUUAAAAAUACAGAUUUAACUAUCAUCACUGGAUUUAAAAUUUGUGAAAUGUUGUAUUAGAAGUUUUGCAGUUUGAAGCUAUGAAAUCUAACCUGAAUUCUUCAAAGGUGAAAGGAGGUUAAUAUCUGCUGAAUCUAGUUAAAGGCAGAACUGAAUUCCCUUACAGUCAAACAGCUACCCACUGCCUGUUAAUUAUUGGGAUAUAUAAUGUAGUUCAGUUUGUACUGUUCUGUGUAGCUCAAACUUUAAAAUUAAUGCACUCACCCAGUUUACAAACUAAGCACAUUUUCACAUGCAAGAUAUGAAAUUGAGGCUUGAGAUUAUCUGUAAAUUAAGAAUUUUUGUUUCUAGGUUGAUAGGUGUUCAGCUAACUUCAUGUGAUAUUUUCAGAUUAUCAGGUCAUUUUUAAAUUUCAAGAACUUGUUUUUUAAAUGAAUAAUGGAGCCCUUUGUCUUCUGAGCACUGAGUUUUUAGUGGCAACCAUGGAUUCUAUUUUCAUCCAAAGUCUGCUUUUGGAAUUUUGCCUUUGCUUAUCUUAAUUUCAAAAAUGGGUGGCAAAAUAUACCCUCUUACUUUUUAUUUUUUUUAAAAUCUCUUGAGAGCAUCUUUUCAUGUUUCCCCUGUGAAAUCUAGUUUUCUCAGGACUUCAGGCAGAGUUAUAGUCCUAUGGUGGAUGUGACCCAGAAAUGAUAGCAGAGUGCAUGAAUCAGAUUAUUUGCUUCAAGUUGAUUGAAUCCUUUUAUAAUCUGCUUAAAAUGGUUCAUUUUUUUAAAAAAAAAAAUGAAUAUUCUCUUCUCAAAAAGGUUUGAUCUGCAAAUUUUGGUCAGUUUUGAUUCACAAUAGCAUGAUGACUUUUGGGCUCACUGUUGAUGUUGGUGGAUGCUGCCAGUGCAGAAUCAAGUUGCAGGGAAAUCCUCCUCAUGAAGUAAGUAAGGCAUGAAUAAUGUAGCACCUCAUCUCUCCCGAAGAAAUGUCUCUGUUUGGUGUUUUACUUCGAAGUACACUGACUUAAAUAAUUACAACGUGUGCUUUGCAUGAAAGAAUCAACAAAAUGUAAUGAAAUGAAUGGCCAAUUACUAUAGUUUUAGUUGAAAGAAUCAGGAAACAGGACCAAGUCCUUGUUUUGUAAGGAGUGUUCUGGAUCAUUAGCAUCCUUAUGAGCAAGUGGGGCCUUUUGUUUCAUCUGGAGGGUGAGAUUACCUGCAAUAGAAGAGUUUCCCGUACUAUAUUGGCUCUGGCCUCUUGUAUUAGGUGAGAAUCCAUAAAGAGCCUUGAGCUAAGCAUGCAACCAACUGAGCCGAAUUGAUCAAAUCGUUGAAUUUUACGAGAUUGGCUUAAUUUUUAAGAUGUGUUAGCAGUAAAUGACAUCUGAACAGUCACUGAUGAGCUCUUGUUAUGGAAUUUAAAGUAUUCCAUUUAAUGUAUAGAAAAUAGAAUCGUUCAUCCGACGAAAAUUGCAUUAAUCUGAGAUCCACAAAAAUAAGGGGAGAAGUGGUGAGCCCAGAUUUGAACUUACUGAUAGCAUGACUGUUUCCUGUAAGUUGAAUAGAGGACUAUGGUUUGUAUGUGAUGUGGCCUGAAUAAUUAGGAUGUAGACUUCACAAAUAGAGUAUCAUGUUGUUCUGUAUGCCCCAGUCUGAUUUUGGCAUUGUUGGAUCUGAUGUCUAUAGUAAUUGCAAACUUGACAUUUGAAGAUAAGUGUAGGAGACGCGUGUAUGAAGACAGCGCAGCCACACAUAACUUUAGCAGGGAGCUACCCAAAGCUAACAUGUUUUUGAAUGGCUCUCAAUAUUAACCCUUUGAGUACUCAACAGCUUUCCAAAUAUGCACUUGCUUUGCCUCAUAGCCUCUGAGAAAAUUAUGUAAAUUUCAUAUGUUCAAUGUUAUAAAUGUAGAAAUGUACAGAACUGAAGGACAUUAAGUCAUGGUAUUUUUAAAUACUAUAACCUUAAGAUUAUAAUUUUGGUGAAAAUGCUACUGUGAGAGGUGACUCCAAUACUUUUGAUAUGAUGGAAGUUGAGUCUCACCAUUAAGCCCACACUGGUCAGUCUUAGUGUCUAUUUCGAGCAAUGUGUCCAUUUCCUGAGAUUAAUUUUUUAUUCUGCACUGAUGUAGGAUGAUCUUUUACUUUGUUCAGGGUUUUGUGCUUGCAAUAUGUAAUUUUUUUAAAACUCCUAACCUCAUUGCAGAUUUGGAAAGUUUUGUGCAAUUAAUUUAUAUUCAUUUAAGUGCUCUGACUGUUGAUAAGUGUUUUAAGAAAUGGUAAAUGAAAAGUGCUAUUGUGAAAAAUGUAUUAAAGAUGUGCUGAACUCA